AUGAUACUAUUGUUAAGCAUUUAUUCUACUUUAAUUUAUCAUGCGACUUGUCUUGAUUACGACGGAUGGCUAAAUAUUAAAGUCGAACAUUCAUUGAAUUGUAAUGGAGAUAAAUAUUGCAAUCGGGGGACUAUAUCUUUAAAGAGUAUCAGAGCUGGAACUGCAAUAAUAGAUCAAACUGCAUUUAAUAACAAACAUAUAGAAGAGUUGAAGGAGUUGGCCCAGUUUGAUGGAUUUUAUACUAUAAGAACUUUAGUUACCACAGCAGACACCAAAGAGACUGAAUUUUUGUCAUCAGUAAAAGCUAAAGCUUUCUUAGAGAAUGGACUUUCUGAUGUUAUAAGUGCAUGGGUUUUACCAAAUGGUGAAGUAAUAGCAGUUACAUUUCAAGUCAUGAAUGCAUCUCAACCUAAUAAAUUAAAACAAAAUUCUGAAUACCAAAUUAAUUCCAAUUUCUAUCUCCGUCAUGUGGAUCAGGCUCCCGUACCAGAUACUGCCUCUUACAUUCAAAAGUUGGAAAGAGAGAAAGAAGCAAGGGAAAAGGGUGAUUUGAAAGAUAAUAGACCAUUCUUGUCCAAAUAUUGGAUGUACAUAGUUCCAGUUGCAAUAUUUGUAUUGAUAUCUGGUGUAGGAAAUCCUGAAGGAGGUGCUCAACCAUCACGCUGA